AUGGCAGGCAACCCUCUAGCGGAGAAAUGGACUAAGUUGUUUGUGUCAAUUGAAAAGCAACAAGAGCCUGAGGCGGAGGAACUAUUGAGACAGCUGGCCACAGAAAGUGAAAGUCUGGAGGUGGAGGUGCAGCCUUUCACAUCGCUCGUGGCGCACGCUGCUUUCUACAGCCCCCGCAUAUUGCAGCUCCUUCUGGAAGAAUUCCGCUGGUUGCACAUUCUAGGUAUUUCGGGUUUGAGGGAUUUAGUUAUAAAGCCGGAAUUCAAGGAAGCAAAGGGGCAGACGCCGCUAUUCACCGCUCGGGGUGAAGCUAUCGGUCUGCUGUUGCGUACGGGGGCGGAGCAAACAGCUGUUGAUGACGACGGCCAGACGGCAUUGACUUCCGCUGUUCUAAGACACCACUAUGAGCAGGAGUCUAUGGUUGAAAGCCACAUGCGGUGUGCUGGGGAGCAGGCGGCGGAGUUGGCCGCAUCAAGCACUACUAAUAGUUUUGUUAGUGUUCUUGCAGCAACUGUUGGGAAAACAGAGGAGGCGGCAGCGCCCUCGACAGGAGCUAAAGAGGUGGAGAAUCAGCAGCUUGAGCAGAAGGAAGAAGCUAAUACUGCACAGGGAAGCGGAGACGGCAAUCAAACACAAGACACUGCGAAAUCCCGUGCUGCCGCUGCAACUGAGGUGCCACGGGAAGCAGAGAAAGCGGCGGUAGAUCAAGAACAAACAAUGACCGAGGGGGAGGGACUAAAGGAACAACAAAGCCGUAAUGAAACAAAAGACCAAGAAAUGCACCCCGAGGGGAAAUAUGAGAAGAACCAACAGCCAGAAGGACCGAACGAAGGAGAGAAAAUGAAUGGAACUGAUGCUUCUCGUGAAACGACAGAACUGAACAAUGCAGACCUUCAAAAGACCCAUUUGCAGCAACAAGCGGCAACAUCUGAAGCAGCAGGUGCUGAGCUGACUACCCAGGGUUCUCGCGGGAAUAAACACGAAAUUGACAAGCUGGCAGUGGAGCAACAAACAGCUGCUCCAGAACAAGGAAGUGCCGCCGAAGCAAAGCCAGACAGCCAAAGGACCCCACGCUCACCGAAAACAGACACAGAUACAGGGAAGCCGAAGACAAUGCAACACACAGACUCCCCCAGCAGCUCUGCUGGAACUUCAGCUAGGGAGGACCCUUUGGCAAUCGCCAUUAGGGCUUUGACAGAAGAGGUGCAACAGCAGAGUCAGUUGGCUGCCUCCUUGCAGGAAGAGCUGGAGUGCGCUCAGCAGCAACUCGAGGACGCGGAGGAGGCAAACAUGAAGGUUAUGACCCGUCUUGCCAGCAUUGUAGCGGGCCAAGCAAGGCAAGAAAACUUGCUAAGGUCAAACAGCCCAGUCCAGUUGGCAACCCUAGGCCAACAAGAAGACAUAGAUGUUCAGCCUACAAUCACACGGGAAGGAUACGACGACGCUCUGAUGCAGGCUUCAAAACUCGACAAACAAUUGCAGGCGAUGACUCAAACUCUCAACACGUUGCUGCAGCGGAAAGAAGAGCAAGAAGAACAGCAGACCGCAAAAGUUAUGGAAUGCAAACGAGCCUUUGGGGAAUUUGUGCUGCAAGUGGCGAAGAAUGCAGUGAUGCAAAAGGGAGGAAAACCUGUCUCUGAGCAGCAAGUGUUGAAGCUACUGCAGCUUGAGGAGGAUGAGCAACAGAUCGUGAAUCGCCUGAGGGCUGAUUUGCUGAGGACAGAAUAUGAACUUGAACUGAAGGUCGAAUUGCACAAAUGCAAAGGACGCUGGCAAGCAGACGAGUGCGACUCCCUGCAGGCCAUGGACUUUGAACAGCUCAAAAUGGAAAACCAAACACUCAACGAAAAACUGGUUGAAAGACAAGAAGAAGCACUCAAACUCCAAAACAUCGCCAAAAAGUCUGCACAGCUUGUGGCACUGGUUUGCCUAUCCCAGCUCAUCACGCAUUGGAGAGAAAACCUCGCGUUUCAGGAGAAGAGAAACGCAGAAGCUGCAGCCCAGCUCGCUGAGCUCGACGAGCAGUUAUCAAAGCAACGAGAGAAGGCAGCUCAGCUGAAGCGAGAAAGAACGGAAUGCAAGAUUCAAAAUGAAAAGGUUAAGUGCCAGACAGACAUCGCCAACUCGGAACUCCUCUCCGCCGACUGGCAGGCCACAGAAGCCAAGCUGAAGGAGACCGCAGUAGAAAUUGAGGCUCUGCAGGAGCAAUACCGUUUACUGACUUCCUUUGUAUCGGACUCUGUAAAGCAACGAGACAGGCGGAAGUCGCGGCUAAGUGUGGAGGCAUCCAAGCUGCUAAUGCGAUACUUGAAAAACCCACAAACGGGACAGCAGAACAGCACCAAUGAUGAUGCAAGUACAGCCAGCAACAGCAGCCGAAAAAUUAAUGAUAUGGAGGACAAUUGUGGGCGUCAUAAUGGUCAAAGCAAAGCUUAUAGAGCGAACCAAGGCUGCGGAGCGGCUAGUACCCUUGCGCAUGCACUUAAAGAGCGCGGAGAAGCCUGA